AUGCCCGGCCCCGCCGAUGACAGCCCUGGUCAACCUCACCUACGAUCGACCCGCUCGUUCACCAGGAUGGGGAGUUCGGACGCUCAGCCUUCUGUGUCGGACAAGCCGAUGGCCGAUCAGACACAUGCCACUAAUCAGGCAUCGUCAUUAUUGACGCCAGACAGCGAGAAACAAGAAGCCGGCCCGGAUGUAUUUGAAAAGCGAGGCUCUGCAGAUUCCAGGAAUGGGGAAGAUACACAAGGCGACGAGGGUUUCGUCCUUUCACGUAGUGUGCAGGAUCCCUCCGAGGAGCUGCCUAUCGAGCUCAUCAGCUUAACGGAUCGGUUUAUCAACUCUUUGGGUGCCAAGGUGCACAACUCGCCUCCCACGAUCGAUAAAAUCUCCUCCAUGUUCCAAGUCUUCUACAGCCGCGCCGAGUCUCAUAUCGCUACCCAUAUAUCCGCACUUGCAUCCCGCAUCAACCGUGACCCACCACCACAACCGCAGAUCAAAUCUAGAGGUAGUGCGCUUUCGGUACUGGCCAGCAAACGUUCCCAGGAUGAUUUUAGACAAGGGAAUGGCGCUCGGCAAAUGUUGACUGCGGAAGAAGUUGCUGAGAGACGGAAAGCUCGCAAGGCUCUUGAAUAUAAACGGGCUGCAAUGGAAGAGGCUGCUGAGCGGCGAGUAUGUGAAUUGGUAUACGGCAAGAUUUGGAGGCACAGGAGCACUUUGGAUGAUGUUCGAGAUGAGAAACUGCGUUCCAAAACGGCGGCCUUGUUGCUUGUGGGCAUCGAUCUGAAAGACUUGGGUAUUGAUAUUGAUGUGUCUUCGAUCGCCGAUGAGAAGCAGCAGGAAGCCAACGAUUGCCUGGCUCAGGCCCGGGAGUAUCUCGCCAAGAUGAAUGACCAGAGGUAUCCGCUGGGCAAACUUCAGCAGCUAGCCGCUGCUCAUAAAGCCAUCGUCGAUGCUCUGACAAAGCUACUUCCGUCCUCUUCCUCCGCGGACGAGAUUCUUCCGACACUGAUCUACUGUCUUAUCACAUGUCCACCUGAAGGAAUCAAUAUCGUUAGCAAUUUGCUGUUUAUGCAACGAUUCAGAUCAUCCAACAAAAUUGAUGGCGAGACCGCAUACUGCUUGACCAACCUAGAAGCCGCCAUCAGUUUCCUGGAAAAUGUCGAACUGUCUAGCCUACGUGCAGACGAACUACAAGAAGGACCGCUCAAAACGCCCAGUGAGGGUCCAACACCAUCAUCAGAACGAGUCGAUCCUUUCCGACCGAAACCUGAAAUGACAACCUCCUCGGUGACGACGGUAUCUGCAUUGUCGGAGAUCGCGAAGCCUGAAUCUAAAGAGCCGGCCUCUUCUACCUUGCCUCGCCCUCGCCCGUCCCCAGCACCACAGCAACGACGCUUGAGCAACCUUUUCCAACCUCCUGCCAAGGUGCUUGAGGCUGCGAAUGAUGCUGUCCGCAGUACCGCAGACCAAAGUCUGAAGAACAUCGGGGCAACUCUAGACAACAGCUUCAAUUUCCUUUUCGGUCGCCUGAAAGAGUUGCAGACUAUUUCGGGACCUAAUGCAGACGGAACCGAGUCCGUUCUGCCAAAGACACUGGCCGAAGCUCGCCGACUAGUCGCCAAUCCCCCAGCCAAUAAACAAAACCUCACACCCGAAGAAAUCGAGUCUCUCAACGCCCUGUCCAAAGAGGACGCCGCACGCAAUACAUCAAGAACCACGGGCCUCACCAGCGGAGGAAGAACCCCUCGUGACCGCAGUACAGAUAGUGCAAGAACCCAAACAAGCAGCAAAAAGUCCAUCGCCGGUUCUCUACGUGACGAAUACACCCAAUCACCAGCCGCAGCCACAACCCCCAAUCCUCUAGAAUCCAUGCGAAACUUCGGCAACACGCUCAACCCUCUCAACCAUAUUCCGGGAAUGAUUAAAAAUUUCGGCCGAAAUGCGCCUGAAACCCCUGGUCCUCGCGCAAUUUCUCCAGCAGCACUGGACCGUUUAAAGAUAUCACCCGCCUCGGCGGAUACCACUGCGAGUCCAUUUGCCACGUCCACCGUGAGAAUUGACCCCCCGAUCCAACGGUUCCUCGACGUACAAGACGUGCGGGACCUUCGUCUCGGUGAUGUGGCUGUCCUGCUCGAAGAUUAUAAGAGACUAGCCACCGCUCUUGCAAGGGUGAACGAAGGGUCUCGCUGA